CGUCAUGCAUGUCAAGUUAAUGUUCAUAACUGCUUGAUGCUGAGAAUAUUAUGUAAUUUAUAAAUAUAACAAUCCGGAAUCAGAAAGUUGUAAUGAUUGGUCGAAUAAUUAGACAAUUCUCCGAUUCAAAAGCUGUUAUGACAUCUCGACUAUUGUAUAAAUUCUUGUUAAGAGAGUGUGAAAAGUUGCCGCCGGAUGCAUGUAAACAUUAUAAAUUUGCUGUCAAACAGAGUUAUAAGCAGCAUAAAACUGAAUCUGAUCCCGAAAGAAUUAAGGAUAUAAUACAAAAAAGUGUUGAGGAUGCUAAGUGGAUUGUAGCUAAGUAUACAAAGAAAUAAUGGAAAAACCUGUAAAAAUAAAUUUUAUUAAAUUACAUAAAAAGUAUUAUAUAUAUUAUUAUAAACAAAUAUUAUAAUUAAGAAAUAUGUUUGGAGAUAGAAUAGAAGAAUAUGAACUGCUUGAGCAUCUCGGCAAAGGUGGAUUUGCUCAUGUAUAUAGAGCAAAAUGUCGAAAGACCGGAAUUUUUGUUGCCAUCAAGAUGAUAGAUAAAGCUUUAAUGGCUAGUGCUGGUAUGAUUGGAAGAGUUCGACAAGAGGUUACAAUACACUCUCGCUUAAAACAUCCAGCUAUAUUAGAGUUGUACACAUUCUUUGAAGAUGUACAUUACGUUUAUUUAGUUUUAGAACUAGCACAUAAUGGUGAAUUAGCUAAACAUUUCAAAUUGGGUACGAGGGGCCUUUCAGAAAAGGCUGCUGCUGAUAUAUUUAGACAAGUUGUGAGUGGAGUUUUAUACCUUCAUGCUCAUAAUAUUAUUCAUAGAGACUUAUCUCUAAACAAUUUGUUGUUGACUAAAGAUUUGAAUGUGAAAAUCGCUGACUUUGGUUUAGCAACUCAAUUGAAUGCUCCAGACGAAAAACAUGUUACUAUGUGUGGAACACCUAAUUACAUAUCUCCUGAGGUUGCAUCGAGAGCUAUGCAUGGUCUUCCAGCUGAUGUUUGGGGUCUAGGUUGUAUGCUAUAUACACUUUUAGUGGGUAGCCCACCGUUUCAUACACAACAUGUAAAAACUACUUUAAAUAAAGUAAUUAAUGCUGAUUACAAAAUACCAUCUGAGAUAUCGAUGCCAGCUCAGGACUUGUUACAAAAGCUUUUAUGUAAAGAUCCUUCAAAAAGGAUUACUUUGAAAGGCAUUAUGGAACAUCCUUUUUUAAAUAGCAGUUAUACCAGCAUUCCCAAACAUGAGUUAUCAAGGGAUUCGGGAUUUCUGACCACAUUGCAUAGCACUCAACAUAGCCAGAAACCAAGAAUUGAAGGAAAAUCCAAUUUGGAUUACUUAUUUAAUGAACCUAACAACUUUAACAAAGAAUAUAAUAAGGAGAACUUAUUAUCAAGUAAAUGUUUUGAACAUAAUUCAUACAAUGUAUUUGAACCACAGAGCAACUGUGCUUCCUCCGCUUGUGAACCUCUGAAACUGUUAAGUAUUCAAAAUGUACAGCCACAAAUAACUAGUCAAAACUAUGUAAAUUCAUGUGAACCUACUGAGAUUCCAUCUAAGAACAACUUGGACAUUAAAGGUGUCAAACCUGAAGAGAGUAGUUCAAGUGAAAUUAACAGAGACAAAAGAACAGAGCCAAAGUCAUGUAAAAUCACUUCAAAUGUUUUAAGUGUUCCCCCGCUUUGUGCAGAUAGACUGCCCACUAUCUCACACAGGACAAGAAAUGCUAUUUUAAAAAUUGAUUCAUCUGAAGUAACUGUUGAAUUCCUUAAACGAAAAGGCAAAGAAAGAGAGGAAAGAGUAGCUGAAGUUUGUAAAAUAUCAAAAGAUGGUAUGAAAAUAGUAAUUUACUCAGUAGACAAAGAAAGGGAUAAAGCUUUUAUAACCGAACACAACCCCAAUCCUAAUGAAGUGUUUACAUAUCACAAUUUACCCCAGAAACAUUGGAAAAAAUAUUUAUAUGCAGCUCGUUUUGUGGAACUAGUGAAAGCAAAGACACCCAAAAUAACUCUUUAUACUCCUCUAGCUAAAUGUCAACUAAUGGAAAAUGGCACAGAUAUUGAAAUGUUUUUUUAUAACAACGAAAAAGUUACAUUUACAUCUACAGAAGGUUUAAAAGUCAUAGACAAAAAUUUAAAAACUUACCAAAAUGCAAAAUUUGUUCCAGAACUAAAAUAUUUAACUGACCAUUUUGAGGAAUGUUCUAAUAGGUUGAAUAGGAUACAAAGUGCUUUAUCAUGUAUUCCAGAUGAAUGUUUUCCUCUUAUAAUUGGGAAAAGACCAGUUCAACCCACAAGCGCAACUCACAGUGUAACCCCCUCAAUGCAAGGAUCUGAACCUCAUUUCAAUACACCAUUGUAUAAUUUUGGAUCAUUUCAUCGUACAACUUCCUGUUCCAGUCGAGCAAAAAGCGAAAAUAAUAUUCUUUAAAAAUAGCAGUGAUGAUAAUUAAUUAUAAUUUUUAUGAAAAUAAUUUAAUGUUAUUUAUAAAGUAAUUUUUAGUAGUGUUUAGUUUUAGAAGAGUACAAAUUAUAGCCCAUCGCCAAUAAAUAA